AGUAGCAGGUAGUGUCCGUGCUCUGGAUAGGGCAAACUGCCAACAGCACCUAACAGGUUUCCCGGCCAGCUUGCAGUUAGGAAUUUGAACCUGAUUUCACAGCGGUGGGUGUAGAUGAACGUGUAAAAAUACAGGAUGCUAUUGAACCGGAAAGGUACGAAAACGUAUCAUCUCAAAAACAAUACUGAUGGCGCCGUUGAACAGAAACGAACCGAUUCAGUACCCAGACAUUUACUCGGCAACAACCCACAGCUUCAGGAUGAAAUUGCUGCAAUGCAAAGCGAUCAGAGGGAAUACGCUCUUUCAGUAUUCGAGAAGAAGUUUUUGCUUUGUUCCGAAAGAGGAGAUGUACCUGCGGUCAGAGCCUUACUGGAUAAGCACAAAAGCAAUAAUCGGUUCAAUAUCAAUUGUCGCGAUGCUGUCGGUAGAACUGCUUUGGUUGUGGCGAUUGAGAAUGAAAAUAUGGAACUCAUUGAGCUCCUGCUUACGAAUGGCAUUGAACCUGGAGACGCUUUAUUACAUGCUAUUAGUGAAGAAUAUGUGGAAGCAGUUGAAGUGCUUUUACAACAUGAAGAAAAGAUAUAUACACCUGGAAAACCAUACAGCUGGGAAGCCGUAGACAACGAGAUGGCAACGUUUACUAAAGAUAUCACUCCUUUAAUCUUGGCGGCCCACCGUGAUAAUUACGAAAUCAUCAAACUUCUGCUGGACAGAGGAGCUUCUCUUCCCAUGCCCCACGAUGUCCGAUGUGGUUGCGACGAAUGCGUCAUAGCCACUAAAGAUGAUUGUCUGCGACAUUCAAGGUCUAGAAUAAAUGCAUACAGGGCUCUUACCUCUCCGUCACUCAUUUGCUUGUCUUCCACAGAUCCCAUACAAACUGCAUUUAACCUCAGCUCAGAGUUGGCCAGAUUGUCCCGUGCUGAGCAUGAAUUCAAAAGUGACUAUACGGAACUUCGAUUAAAGUGUGAACAAUAUGCUUCUGACCUUCUAGACCAUACGAGAACAUCUUAUGAACUUGAAGUCAUGCUUAAUUAUGAUCCUAACGGUCCUUUGUUUGAAAAAGGGGAGCGAAUGAAGCUGGAAAGAUUAAAAUUAGCCAUUAUAUGUAAGCAAAAAUCGUUUGUAGCCCAUCCAAAUGUUCAACAACUUUUAGCCUCCGUGUGGUAUGAAGGAAGUCCUGGAUUCCGAAGAAAAAACUUGGUUGGACAGUUGAUGGAUAUUUCUAAAAUGGCCACAAUGUUUCCUAUAUAUUCAAUGGCCUACAUGAUGGCUCCAAACAGCUCUCUUGGACAGACAAUGAAAAAACCAUUUACAAAAUUCAUCGUUCAUUCAUCUGCUUAUUGCUUUUUCUUGUUACUACUUAUCAUGGCAUCGCAAAGAGUUGAAACGUUGGUCAUGGAAUGGAUAGGGACUGAUUUUUUUUUAGAGAAAGUUCGAAGUGACCAAGAGCACGAAAGAGGCAAACCGCCAGGACUAGUGGAGUCAGCAAUAGUUUUAUUCGUCUUAGGUUUUGUAUGGGCUGAGAUCAAACAACUGUGGGAUGCUGGAUUGCAUGACUAUCUUUUAGAUAUGUGGAAUGUGGUGGAUUUUUUUACAAAUAUGUUAUAUUUAACUUGCAUUGGAUUGCGAGUGUCAUCAUGGAUUAUCGUGCAAAGGGAAUUAAGUCGGGGUAUAAACCCUUAUGCUCCUAGAGAGGAUUGGGACCCAUAUGACCCCAUGCUCAUUUCAGAAGGUAUUUUUGGCGCUGCCAACAUAUUUAGCUUUUUAAAAAUGGUUCACAUCUUCUCUGUAAAUCCACAUUUGGGUCCUCUACAAAUAUCAUUAGGCCGCAUGGUUUUCGACAUUAUCAAAUUUUUCUUCAUUUAUUCUUUGGUUUUAUUCGCCUUCGGUUGUGGAAUGAACCAACUUUUGUGGUACUAUGCAGACACCGACAAGGAACUCUGUUACAGUGGCCCAGGAGGGACAAUGAAUUCAAAUUAUGAGCAAUCAUGUCUUAUCUGGAGACGUUUUGCCAAUCUCUUUGAAACAUCGCAAAGCUUAUUUUGGGCCAGUUUUGGACUUGUAGAGUUGGAGAAUUUCGAGCUGACCGGAAUCAAAAGUUACACUCGUUUCUGGAGUCUUCUCAUGUUUGGAUCUUACUCUGUGAUUAACGUAGUGGUUUUGCUUAAUCUUCUGAUUGCAAUGAUGAGCAGCUCUUACCAAAUCAUUUCUGAACGGUCAGAUAUCGAAUGGAAAUUUGCUCGAAGUAAAUUAUGGAUGAGCUACUUCGAAGAUGGAUCAACAGUUCCUCCUCCAUUUAAUAUCUUCCCCACAUCAAAAUCCUGCAAGAAAUCCGUAUCUUGUGCUAUUAAACCAUCUUCGUCGUUGAAGGACAAGGAAGAAUUUGAAAGGGAUGCCAGAUAUAGGUCUGUCAUGAAAUGCCUGAUUCGUCGUUAUGUAACGACACAACAGAGGAAAGCGGAAGAAACCGGAGUUACAGAAGAUGAUGUCAAUGAAGUGAAGCAAGCAGUAACAAGCUUUAGAAGCGAGCUGUUUGAAAUUCUAAGAACAAAUGGAAUGAAAGGCGUUGUCUCUGCUUCAGAAGUCUUGAGCCGUAAAGAGCGUUUAAGAGAGCGACGUCUCCUGAAAGACUUCAAUAUCGACUUAGUGGAAACGGUUGUGGACGCUUUUAUGAAAGAACCGGAAGGAAAAACUAAAUUUAGUCUCAUUCGACGCCUAACGGCCGGAAAGCGAGAAAAGGCCAAAAAGAACUGGAAUGCCAUUGUUGGUGCUGCGAAAUCGAAACAGAAUCCUAUUGGAAAGACCUCUAAUAACAGUGGCAGUUUGAAAGACUUACGCGAAAAAGUGCUCCAAGAACAAGAAAUAGCCUCAUCGAGGGGUGUUCAGAGAUUUGUCUUGGCAGCUAGAAGAGUCGUACGGGAUGAUUACAAAACAAAGUAUGACAACACCAACAGCAUAGCAUUAAUCGAAGAAGAAAUUCCAGGGACUUUCUCUGCUGGUACUACUCCUCGCAACUCUGUACAACAGGAACUCGCAGAUGAGCAAGCCAAGAGACCUUCUACAAGCAGUAGUGGUCGACCUGAAGUAUCUAGUGGAGUUACUGUUAUUAAUGUUGAAUCUAAAAGUACUAAGUUAACUACUUCUGAACAGAAAGACAAACCAUCUCCCGAAAGUACCUCAGGAGAAAAGAAAGGCUCGAAAGUUCAGGGAUUGAUUGCGUCUUUUGAUGGCAGUCAUCUGGAAGAUGAACCUCCAAAAGAUUCUCCAAGGAGACAUUCUGCUCCUCCAGCUGAUGGUACAGAUGGUCAAAACCUUUCUCGUUAUCUCUCAGAAAGAAGAAAUGCGAAACCAUUCACAGAAGUGGAUGAGUCUGUUGGAUGGUUGUAAGUUAAAUAUAGUAUAUCCAUAUGAAGUCGAAAUGUUUCCUAAACUGCAGAAAAUUUAUAUUUCGCUAAGUAUCUCUUAGUUUAUCUUUAUAGAUUUCAGGAAGAAGUUCAAAUUGAUAUAUUUUGGCACCUUUCGAAAUAUUUUUCGAUAGAAAAAGUUACCUUUCCAUGAAGCAAUGUUAAAAAAUUCUUCGUUUUACUUUUUGAAAAGUAUCAAUGAAGUAUUGAUUUUUGUUAGUCUAAAAAUUAAAAUUUGGUAAAAAUAUCCUCAAAGAAACCCACUCGCUAUUUGAAAAUUUGUUUUGAAAAAAAAAAUCAAGAGUUUGAUUCUGCAUGCAGACAUUGUAUGAAUACUAGAUUCAGUACGGAAGAAUAAUUAGGGACAAGUAGGAUAUAUGAAAAAAGGAAAACAAAUUUCUGGUUACUCUUUCGGUGCUUAUAUGAGAGAUUGGCUCAUAAGUAUAUUGAAAAGAAAGAAAUGAAAAAAAAAAAUCUGAAACAUGAACAAAGUUUUGCUUUUCAGAAUGAAUUGAUAAAUCUGUUAAGCAUUAUUAUUCUCCAUGUAUUCACUUAACUUAAGCAUACUAAGUUAAAAACAAUCAUCUACUAUCACAGACAUCAACAAGUUAAUAAUGUGCUCAAGAAGUGAACCUUGGUUCUUAACUAUAUUUUAAAAUAUCAUUUUUGUUCGCGAUCUUAAAAUUCUCAAGUAAAUUCCUGUGAUUUUAAGACGGUAAUGGAAUUGCUCAGAGCCUGAAAAUGGCGCCUUGUGUUUUUUGUUGCUGAAAGUGUACAAGUCAUGAUAAGUAAAUUUCUUUUAAUGUUCAUUUUCAGAAAUAAAAGUAAUUUCUUUCUUUUAAAUGAAAUAUUAAUGAAUACGAUGAUUAAUAUAAAUAAUUAGAUGCAUUAGUUUUUAGUUCUGAUGGCGACAA